GAUAAUGUGGUCGUUAAUUGAGACUAGACUGUUCAAACUUUCAUAGUUGAUAAUAAUUCAAUACGCGUUAAGAAAUAUAAAUAUAUGGGGUCCUUACCACCCGGGAGAAUGGUAUUAAGAAAUACUCCAAAACUCUAGAUCAUCAUUCAAAACAAAGCCUCUUUAACAACUAAUUAACAUAUUCCUCCAACUUCCAGCCAUGUUUUUCUUCUUGUUUUUUCUUCUUCCACAACUAACAUAUUCCAACUCCCUGCCUUGUUCUUCUUCCUGUGGAAGAAUCACAAACAUAACUCAUCCUUUCAGACUAAAACAAGACCCAACCCACUGUGGAAACAGUAAGUACGAGUUGGAUUGUGUGAACAACGUUACUGUAUUGAGUUUGUAUGAUGGUUAUUAUUUUGUAGAAUCAAUCAACUACAACAAUUACACAAUCCGACUCGUUGACCCAAACAUUCAACCCACCAAUUGCUCCUCUCUCCCUCGCUUCUUCUUAUCCCUAAGCAACUUUACUUAUCUUGAUAUUGAUGAUAUUAGAUCAUACUACUACCGGUACUUUCCCAAAGAAAAUAAUUCAUAUAAGUACUUCUUAAAUCGAAAUCCUUACAAGUUUACAGAUGAUCCCAAUCCCGAUUACUAUGAAUAUGCAAUAUCAAGGCCAGUAAUUUACAUGAAGUGUACAAGUCCACCUAGUAAGGUUGUUGAUAAGUACUAUGCCGAUACAACUUCAUGCUUGGAUCAACACAUGACAUACGCUAUUGUUGGGGACCCGCCAUUUGAAAUAGUGGAACCUCAAUGCCGUGUCAAGUUUAUUACCCUCACAUCAUUCUUUUGGAAUACCGGAGCUUCAACUUUACUCCAGCCUUAUAAUAGAAAACAUUUCAUAUAUUGAUAUAUUCCACAAAGCGCUACAAUAUGGAUUUGAAAUUUCAUGGAUCCAAGCUUCAUGUCCUUGUGAUGAAUGCUACUUCAACGAGGUUGGCGAGGUUCAAUGUGUCGUAUUCUACUGUGAGUUCGAUUCCUGCGGAUAUUGGGCAAAUAAGUACCACAAAAUGAGAGAUUAUUUCUAUGGCAUUUACAAAGGACUACGAGAGUUAACCGGCUUUGAAAAUAUAGGUUUAUACGAUUCAAGUAUUCACUCGUACCAAACGGGAAUAUUUACUGGAAAGUAUGUUGUUCCAGGCAUUGUAGCUAGAUUUAUGUUCGGCUUGAUAUGUUUCUUAGUGUUAUUGAUUUAUACGUAUAGAAGAAGACAUUCAUCACUAUAUGAAAAUAUUGAAGAUUUUCUACAAGGUAAUACUCUCAUGCCAAUAAGGUAUUCAUAUAAAGAGAUAAAGCAGAUGACAAAAGGUUUCAAGGUAAAAUUGGGUGAAGGAGGCUAUGGAGAUGUGUAUAGGGGUAAGCUAAGAAGUGGACCAUUUGUAGCUAUAAAGAUGUUGAAGAUAAAAUCAAAAACUAAUGGACAAGAAUUCAUAAGUGAAGUUGCAACAAUAGGAAGAAUAUACCAUUCAAAUGUGGUAAGACUCAUUGGAUUUUGUGUUGAAGGAUUAAAACGUGCUCUUGUCUAUGAGUACAUGCCCAAUGGCUCUCUUGAUAAAUAUAUUUUCAACAAAGAGGAUGUUAUAUCUUUAACUUACAAUCAAAUACAUGAGAUAUCUCUUGGAAUAGCUCGUGGAAUUUCAUAUUUACAUCAAGGUUGUGAUAUGCAAAUUUUGCAUUUUGAUAUUAAGCCUCAUAACAUUCUUCUCGAUGAAAAUUUUAUCCCUAAAGUUUCAGACUUUGGUCUUGCAAAGCUUUACCCUAUUGACAAUAGUAUUGUCACUUUGACGGCUGCAAGAGGAACAAUUGGAUACAUGGCCCCUGAAUUAUUCUACCAAAAUAUUGGAAGAAUAUCUUAUAAAGCUGGUGUGUAUAGCUUUGGAAUGCUUUUGAUUGAAAUGUCUAGUAGGAGAAGAAAUUUGAAUUCACAUGCAGAGCAUUCAAGUCAACUCUACUUCCCCUUUUGGAUUUAUGAACAAUUGGUUAAAAAUAGAGAGAAAGAAAUAGAAGAUUCUAUCAUGGAAGAAUUGAAUGAUGUUUUGAAGAAAAUGUUCAUGGUUGCUCUUUGGUGUAUACAAUUAAAACCUAUUGAUCGUCCUUCAAUGAACAAAGUAGUGGAGAUGCUUGAAGGAGAUAUUUCAAAUAUUGAAAUGCCUCCUGUACUAUAUCCGCAUGAAACAAUUCAAGAGAAUCUUGAUACGGGGUCAAAUGACACUGAUACAGAUAUUGGUUCUACCAGUUAUGUGGAGGAAAUUGAAAGCAAUUCUUUAUUAAAGUAUUCUGCUUGAUAAUUACAAGUAAUUAGUUUUGUUUUGAUGUCUUAUAGCCUAAUAAAUAAAUGUAUUGUUUUUGUUUUUAUUUGUCUAUAAAAUAUGAAAUAAGAAUUUGUGACUUGCAUUACUAAUAUGUAAAAAUCAUACAUAUUUUUCCCAUAUUAAAUCCAAUCAUCAUGUAUAAUAUUUAUACUUGUCAUUUAGAUACAUUUUCUAGUCAGACCUUUUAGAAUUGGGUGCUUUUAAUGAAAACAAAGAGAAGAUAACUAGAAUUGUUUCAUCUUAGAAAUAUUGUUGGUGGUUGUUAAAUGUAACAUGGAAAAUAAAAGUUGAACCUGUAAUGCCCCAUUUUUCUUGCACUACGUGCUAAGGUUGAAGCGUAACUAGGAGUCUAGGACUUGUGUUAUAGUUGUGUAUGACUUGGGCCACUUGGCAGAAUUUUGUAUUAGUUAGAAAGAAAUUCUUACCUUGAAAGUUACGUGUUUCCAUUGAUUUCAUCAAGUAAAUUUAGAGAAAUAAAUGAAUCAUAGGAAUCGAGCAUAUGUCAUCCACACUUUU